AUGCAGCAGUGGAAGGUCUCCAAGGCUCGCCUUCACAACUGCUAUCGCUUGUCAGGUCGCUCAGAGUCGCCCGGCCCUACGGUUGAGACCAUCACUGAGGACAUGAGCCGCGCCCGAGCCGUCAGUGUUCCAUGCGGGGGAUUUAAUGCUUCCGGCUUUGCCCUUGAUGGCCGCGAAGUUUCGCCUGAACCUAGCGAGUCCUUCAUGUCAACUCCACCGCCGCCUCCUCCGAGUCCCGAACAUCAUCACGCGCAGGCUGAGGACUUGUUGCCUGAUCCUCAUGUCUCCGUCAACAUCGAGGAAGCUUCUGCUGCCUCCGAGCUAGCUGCAAAUCUGAACAUGGCCCUGGGCUCUAACCGCUCUUUUGAUGGCGAUCACGGCGAUGAGGGGGAGCUAGACCUUGUUACAACUGCAAGCAACGACGGCGACGAUCUAGAUUUCAUUUUUAACAUAUUCACCACGGCGGUACAAGAGUACAACAGGUCAACCGCGAUUUUGAAGCAAUACGAGGAAAAAGUCAACGUGCUUCAGGCGGUAUUGGACUCGAUUCAAGCUUUUUGGAGACAGAAGAAAGCGGAAAAGGUUGCGGAGGCGCUGAUGGAUGACCCGGCCUUCAAGGAAUUCGAGCGGGAUCUCAACGCGAUGCAGGCGGAUAUAGACAUGUCCAAAGCCUCGACGAGAGAGGCUGAGGGAUUCACGAAUGCCUUUAUGGAUCGUUGGACCAAAUUUGCGGCUGAGGGAUCGAUUGAGUGA